AUGUUUCAAUUCUUCAAGUCGGAGUUCUUCAACUUCGAAUUUGUGCGUUUGUUGGGGACGGCACCUUAUAAUGGAGCCGAAAUCUCCGAGUGCCUUGACGUGGCAGUAGAGAUAACAGAUGAAGAUCCUGAAAGCUGGUAUCGUGCUUGGUAUAAGCAGGGAGAGAAAGCAGAGCUGCAUGCUGUGGAAGCUGCAAGAAAUGGCGAUGUUAUCGCUGCGAGAAGUGCAUAUCUACGGGCGUCAAACUACUUUCGAGCCAGUCAAUACAUGUUCAACGAUCGUCCAGAGUCUCCGGAUUCUCGCAUAAUCCCCAUCGCCAACAGAAGCAUUUCGAAUUUUCGCCAUAGUAUUAAACUCAUGGAUAUCGAUGUUCAUGUGCUUGAGAUUCCAUACGAGGGACACAAACUACCAGGCUAUCUUUAUCUUCCGCCAUUAUCAAAACGACUGCCUGGAAAGAUUCCUAUCUUAAUCAAUUGCGGGGGUGCCGAUUCAAUUCAAGAAGAGCUGUAUUACAUUUAUCCAUCAGGAGGUCCUGUACGUGGCUACGCUGUGAUUACAUUUGAAGGACCUGGACAAGGGAUCGUUCUUCGCCGAGACAAACUUCGAAUGCGUCCUGAUUGGGAAGUGGUUACCAGCAGUGUUUUGGACUACCUUCAAGAGUUCUCUUUAAGGAAUCCUGCCAUUGAGCUUGAUCUCGACAGAAUUGCCAUUGCAGGCGCAUCAAUGGGCGCAUACUAUGCGCUUCGAGGAGCUUCUGACGUACGAGUCAAAGCUUGUGUGUCUGUUGAUCCCUUCUAUGAUCUUUUUGACCUCGCUACCACACGCAUGCCACCGGCUUUCAUCAAGGCUUGGUUGUCAGGCUGGUUAAGCGAUAAUUUCUUCAAUCAGACCUGGAGGUUUCUCUCACGAUUCUCAUAUCAGUUGAAAUGGGAGUUGACGCAUGUCAUGUGGAUAUUUGGACUUCCAUCAGCUGCUUUAGGUAUGCGUGAGAUGCAACAAUAUACUCUUCGUCUGAAAGAUGGUGGCGAGUUUCUAGAUCAUGUUAAGUGCCCUGUUCUAGUAACAGGGGCCGCUCACACAAUCUAUACCAAGCCAGAGAUCAGUACGGACAUGAUUUUUGCGACAUUAAACAACUCGAAGGGAAGAAACGUACAAAAAUGGGUUGCUAAGGCACCUGGAGACGGCGGAUUGCAGGCAAAGGUUGGUGCCUAUGGGCUGUCACAGGAGCGAACAUUCCAAUUUUUGGACGAAGUGUUCUUGGUUAAGAGAACGGACCUGACCAAAUAA